AUGUCCAAGCAAACACCAGGCUCAGGAUCUUUGAAAGAUUUAGAAAUCAAAAGAAGAGAGGUAUUCAAACCCAUUCUAGAUAAUCCUUACACCAGAGGAAACUCGUGGCCCCAAGUUCCAGAUACAGUCUCUAAAUCUAUAUUGGAAUACUUAACUCAGUUACUCUCCAGCUAUGGCCAAUACAAUCAGCUCCGCAAGACCAGCAAGGACAAAAAUAUCCCGAAACAUGACUUAGAGAACAAAAUAACAAUUGGUUUCAACUCCACAGUACGUGUGCUUGAAGAACAGGCUGCACCUAAUCGAGAGAAGGUCUUGAAGAGAAAGGGCAGACAAGCACCAAUUACGAGUACCAAACCUUAUGUCAAAUAUGUUUUCGUUGCGAAAUCUGACAUCACUACGCCUUUAUUGACCAACAGUUUGCCACUUCUAGCGUUUUCAGCAUCUCGAUCUCUGCAAGAUAGAGUCAAGCUCAUCGAAUUGCCCAGAGGCUCGCUGGAAAAGCUUCUGAAGGUGCUCAAAGAGGACAGGGUCAGCAUAAUGUCCCUUCGACAAGACUGGGCCGAGGGGGCUCCGUUGUUCACGCUAAUCGAUGACAAAAUCAAGGACGUAGAAGUUCCGUGGCUCGAGGCAUUAUUUACUGGUGAUGGGGCUCUUGAUGCUGUGUACCAGAAGCCGGAUGUGAGAUUCUUGAAGACAUCUGCGCCUAUAGGGAAGCCAAAGAACCAACAAAAAAAGCAAAAGAAGCAGAAGAGAGAUGGGGAGGGUGAGGAGAAAGAUGAGAAGGAAGAGAACUCGAAGAAGCAAAAGACAAAUUGA